AUGAAAUCAUCAUCAUCCGAGCAGGUCCUCAACCACCACCGAGUCCGGAGCAAGAGUAGGGAUAGGUCGGUGGGACUUGCCGAUAGCUUGUGGGAAGAUGGGGAUUCCAAAGAAUUCAAAGAAGGAACAUGCCCCAAAGGAGCUUCUAGGGCUAUGAUUGGAGCCGCAUAA